UUAGGCACCCGUUCGAUGCCACAGCCCCCUCAGCCUGUCCAGCCUCAGGCAUGCUGCAGUACGCUAGGCUAUACUACAAGGAUAUUCUGACCACCAAGCGCUUGCAAGACAACAGGACCACGGAUCUGACAGAGGAAUCGGACAUGUGGAGGGACACAAGGGUAAAGCUACAAGUUACAGGGAGGCUGGACCUGGAUCGUCCUCUCACACUGGAGGAGACCACACAAACAUUGAAGACAAUGGCGAAAGGGAAAUCCCCCGGGGUGGAUGACCUCUCGGUGGAAUUUUACUCCGCCAACUGGGACGGGCUGGGACCCAAGCUAGUCGACUUGUACAAUGAGGUACUAACAGGAGGAAAGUUGGGCAAGGGGAUGUCACAUGGGGUUAUUUCGGUUCUAUUCAAGAAGGGCGACAAGGCUGAAGUCCGGAACUGGUGGUCAAUUUCGCUGCUUAACGCGUCGUACAAGAUCCUGGCAAAAUCACUAGCGCGCAGACUUGCACAAUACCUACCGGAGUUAGUGGAAGGGGAUCAGGGCGCCUUUGUGAGGGGAAGAUCAAUCUUCAACAAUAUCGUGACGGCGAUCGAGGUAUUGGAAGUAGUGCAGAGUGAAGUGCUGGAUAUGGCGGUCCUUCUCCUAGACUUGGAGAAGGCGUAUGAUAAAGUGGGUUGGGCUUUCGUCCUCACUACGCUGAAGUGGAUGGGGUUCGGAGAAGGUUUCUGCGCAUGGACCAAAACCUUAUACAUCUUUUCCACCUCGGCAAUCAUGAUCAAUGGGCAUCUGUCGGAACCCUUCGCUCUCUCAAGGUCUCUACGACAGGGAUACCCGCUGGCUCCGCUCGUCUUUGUACUGCAGUUGGAAGUUCUGCUGAACAGGCUGCGUAGGCACCCGGACAUCAGGGGCCUCCAACUACAUACGGGGGAGGAGUGUAAGGUCAAGGCGCUAGCAGACGACCUGCUGAGCAUAAGUGAGAACACGGAAAAAUCCUUGGGAGCAAUCAACUUAGUGCUGGCCGAGUACUCUGCGCUGUCCGAAGCAACGGUGAAUUGGAGCAAAUCCACGUUCCUGCUCCCAGCGCAAUUUGGUUUGAAGGUUGAAUGGGGAAUGAGAAGGGUAGGUGUAGGGGAGGAGGAAAGAUUUUCGGCUGUGUUAAUCAGUUUGCAAGUGGAUGGGUCUGGACAGGGUCUAAUUUUGCAGCAGCGGAUUUCCGCCAGACUGAGACUGUGGAACUUCACUGGGCACCUAUCAGUGGUAGGGAGAGCUCUAGUGGCCAAUGUGGCCUUGUUCUCAAUCAUGUGGUUUGUUUCCAUGGUAAAGGAGUUGGCCGAAGGAACAGUCAAAGCGGUCAAGAGAUUGGUUGCCCGGUUCGUUUGGAAACCACGGGCUCAAGAUGCUGGGGGGUUCCUGUCCAAGGUGGUCUAUGACACACUCACCUUCCCACGUGUACAGGGCGGACUGGGUCUGCUAGACCCUGCAAGAAGAACCCAAGCACAACUGAGGAACUGGGUGGUAAAGGUGGCUACUAUGAGAAGCAGUGAACACUGGGUCACCUUGGCGGAGAGACUGUUGAUGAAGCCAUGGGAGCUAAGUAGGCCACAGGAUGUCUGGGCCUGCUUCUUCAUUCUGUCUUUUCGGAAGAAAAAACUCAAAUCUGAAUUUUGGGAACCUAUCCGUAAGGCAUGGCACCGUUAUCCCCCAGAUCUGCAGAAACCCCCGUCCUCCAAAGAAGAGGUCCUGAACCAGCUGUUGUUUGAAAACCCGGCGUUCACAGACCCCUCCGGCGUUGAAUUCUUGGCAGACGACUCGACGGGCUCAUUCGGUAGAGCUUGGGUAAAGAAGGGGGUUGUCAGGAUGGCGGAUCUCUGGUCAUCCUUGCUGGGUAGCUGGAAACCGUUGAGCGAGGCAAAAGCAGUUCUCAGAGGUUUGCAAGGGGUGGAGGUCCAUUGGAGGGCACUGACUGACGCUGUCCCCCAAGAAUGGAAGGACAUUUUGGGUCCGGAGGGUUCAGACCCCGCCGGUUUCUGGUAUGUCCCACAGUUAGAGAGGGAAGAAGACUCUGUACUCUGGAAGAUGCUGGAGAUCCUCCCGAGCGGUUUCAGAAGGAUAGAGAGGUGGAAAUGCGAGGGCCCUGAGAACACGCUGUCCCUGAUGGGAGAAGUCACUAUUCAGCUCUGGGAUAAUCCUGCACAGGCUCGAGUGGUGGAGGUCCGCAGCAGGUCGCCCUCGGCCACCAUUCUCACUUGGGUAGGCAGGAAGCCUCUCAAGCUGCUCAGCAUUGACCCGACAGCCUGGACAUGGGCGCCCAAGGCCCCAGAGGAGGAGGCCCUAGUCAUGCACAAAUACUUGGUGGCUGCAGGAUACAAACAAUACAUACAGAAACUCAAGUCGCCUGUGGAAGUGGCGAUCCCCCGUUGGCAGGCAGUGUGCGAAGAGGACCUGUUGGAGUCGAAGUCUGAGUUUUAAAGACUAUGGAGCAUCCUGUCCUCCCUCCCAAACGGCAAACAAGUAAG